AUGGUAUACGACAACUCAGUUGUUCACAUCUACGCGCAAGGACAGAUUAAGUCGAACCUCCACCGUAUUGUCAAUACCGGCGGCACAAACAUUUCCAAUGGCGAACUAGACGAGUUCAUACGCGACCCGAGCAGAGAGUCAAUGGGCUCGUCGCUGCUUUUCUUAUCUGGUCGCAAAAUCAGCGGUUGUUCGGAUCAUCGAGCUAUUCAACGUACCAUCGUUCUGGCUCCGGUGGAAGGAGACUACUUUGGCAAAUGCAGCUCGAACUUCUGUGGAUCACUGUCUGUGUCCAUCUCCGGGGUCGGGGCAUGGAUCAUAUGCAACCCUCACCCCAUCCUCGUCCAUCUCCGCACCUGCACUUCGCGAGAUGAGCGGUUCCUCCCCGCCACCGCCGCCACCGCGAACCCGGCCGCUGCCGCCGCGUCUGCCCCCUGCGGGUCCCCGGGAGCCUCCAUGCUCCCAGGAACUCCCCCGCCCCCAGGGGGCACACCCAGGGCUAUUCUUUGGAACCAGCCGGCUCCCCGCGAGCGGGCUAACGACGAAGAGUGGGAGGCCUCACUCUUCGUUGGAUUGCCUCCCGCGGCCUGGUUCGCAGGUCGUUUUGGAGGCAACACCCGCCGUGGUACCCGGCCUCCCCCCACCGGAAAGGUUCGCAGCCCCUGUCGAGUCGCGAGCGGGCCUGGAUCAGCGAACCCAUUGUGCGGUCUGUGCCGUACAUUGGGUGGUCGGAUCCCAGGCAGCUGGCUGUCCGGGCUCAGCUCCGCGAGGGCAUCCUCGUGUCCUGGGUGGACUAUAACCUCUUCAACUACUUACAGCUUAAACAACAUCAAGGAGUUUGAGCGGAUGGUCCGCCUCUAG